GCCACCUUUCAGCCGCCAUCACCUCGAUCGGCAACUUGUCCUCGUCUACUUCUCUUCCUCACACUCGUUCUGGCGUCGUUCAAGACGUCGUACUGUUCUGUUUUUCUUGUCGUCUGGUCUUGUACUCUCCUUCUUUCACCCGGACGCGGCCAUCACCGUUGGCUCGCACAUUGGUUUGCGCCAGACUCGCCUCAUCAGCUUUACGACUUCGUGCCCCUGUUCUACAACCGCAGACCACAGUGAUCGGCAUACUUCAUUUGCCCGUAGCAUUCACUUCCACAUUGGCUCAUAAGCAUUUCCAUGAAUUGGCUCUCAACGACAUCCUCUUGGCUUAUUCCACAGGUCUCACGGAACAGACAUCAUGAGGCUCUCGUGGCGCCUGGGUCUGGGCCGAACCGAGUCGGUCCACGAUUACAUUGGCGUCCUGAUCCCUCUUGAAGAGGCGCACCAUCACAGUCACUCUGCCCGGAUAGGACGCACAGAGUUCGAGCCGCGCCAUGAUGCCACCGAUUGCGAGGACCACGGCAAGGAGGAGGACAGCGAGGCGCACGGCAUGCUCAUGAUGGACGCUGCCGAGUACACAAUCGAGGGUCUGCGCCAGGAAAUGCGACAGGGCCGCCAGGGUCAAUGGACUGAAUAUGAGAUCAAAUCGAAACUCAUCAACAAGGCUAUACAGGAUAUCGGAAUGGGAAAAUACAACUGGCAGCUGUUUGUCCUCUGCGGCUUUGGCUGGUUUGCAGACAAUCUAUGGCUUCAGGGCGUAUCUCUCUGUCUUCCAUCCCUAUCUGCGGAGUUUGGCAUCUCGGAAAAGACGGUCCGCUACACAACAAGCGCCCUUUUUGUCGGCCUCUCGGUUGGAAGCUUCAUAUGGGGCAUCGGGUCCGACUUUAUCGGCCGUCGCAUCGCCUUCAACUCAACGCUUCUAAUCACGAGCAUCUUUGGCAUCGCGGCCGCCUUCGCGCAGAGUUGGGGCGCAGUCUGCUUCUUCUUCGCUGCGCUCGGCUUCGGCGUUGGCGGGAGCCUGCCCGUCGAUGGCGCUCUGUUUCUCGAAUUCCUGCCGGAUGCCUCGAGCGCGCUGCUUACGCUCCUGUCGGUGUGGUGGCCCGUGGGGCAGCUUGCAUCGUCGUUGGUGGCGUGGUACUUCAUCGCGAACCGGCCUGUCGAGCAGGGGUGGCGGUAUUUUAUCGUCACUAUCGGGGUCGUCACGUUUGCCAUGUUUGUGGUGCGCUUCUUCAUCUUCCACCUCCUUGAAUCGCCCAAGUUCCUCCUCAGCAAGGACCGGCAGGCGGAGGCUGUCGCGGUGGUCCAUGGCAUCGCCUAUCGAAAUGGCAAGAAGACGUGGCUCACUUGCGAUAUCCUCGACGAGGUUGCUAGUGGUGACGGCGUCGAGGGGACGCAUGUCGCGCCGCAGCUUCGGACCAUCUCGUCGAGCGCUCUCGGAGAGAAGAUCAGGGGGAUUUCGGGCGAUCGCCUCCGGCCGCUCUUUAAGACAAGGACACUCGCAGUCGCCACUACGCUCGUCUGGUUUUGCUGGGCGAGCAUCGGCAUGGGCUACCCGCUCUUCAACGCCUUCCUGCCACAAUACUUUGCCCGCGCCCAUGGCGAUGCCAUGGGGGACCAGCUGCAGUCCGAGACGGCCCCGAUCACGGCCGAAACGUACCGCAGCUACGCCAUCGCCUCGGUUCUCGGUGUUCCAGGCAGCUUGCUCGCCGCAUAUCUCGUCGACCAUCCCUCCCCCUUUCUCGGUCGACGAGGAACACUUGCCUCUUCCACCCUCCUCUCCGCCAUAUUCCUCUUCCUCUUCGUUCUUUUGGGCACCACGCCUGCCAGCCAGCUCGCCUUUUCCUGCGUCGAGGCCUUUGCGCAGAAUAUAAUGUACGGUGUCCUCUAUGCCUUUACACCCGAGAUCUUCCCUGCCCCUGUCCGCGGGGCCGGCACCGGCGUGGCCAGCUUCCUCAACCGCGUGACGGGCCUGAUGGCUCCCGUGCUGGCAGCGACGGUCCCGGGCGAUGGAGCGACGACGCCCAUUUACAUAUCAGCGGUGCUGAUCUUGUCGGCGUUUGUCGCCAUGUGUCUCAUUCCUAUCGAGACGCGAGGCGCGCAGAGGCUAUGAUGACGGCCGCAAAUCGUUUAAUGCGCGGAGCAUUUGUGAAAGCCUUCACGACCAUGUAUAACAAGCGGCUGUUUCGGGCACAAUCACGGAGUGUAAUAAACGCGAGCGAAGCGGCGCGGGCCACUGCCCAUGACCCAAGCUUGGCACAGCAUAUUCCAGGCGUAUCCGGUUUCUUUUGAAUAGAUCUUUUAUAAACGCUUAUUCUAUCCUG